AUGUAUGGUAGAUGGAAUUACACUAACCGGAGGAACGGUACAUACACGUUCACAACACUCUCUAAGAAGUUCCAGGAGAAGCUAUCAAUAAAUGAGUAUCUAUGUUUACGUAUGACGGUGGAACCAUCAACCGAAUAUGUGUACACAGUCCAUGAUGGAGGAAGGCGUUUUGUUGUUUGCUUGAAAAACAAAACUUGCAGUUGUCGUAUGUUUCAAAUAGAUGAAAUUCCUUGCCCACAUGCUUGGGCUGUAUUAAAAAAGAAAAAUCUAAAAGCUGAUGAUUAUUGCUCAGAAUUGUUCAAACCGGAGACUGUGGUGAAAACAUUUGAUAUACCUGUGGAUCCUUUCCCUGACGAGCGUGAAUGGAAGAUUCCCACAUACAUCUUGGAGGAUGUAGUUUUGCCACCAAGAUACAAGAGACCGCCCGGUAGGCCGAAGUUGAAGCGUGAUAAGCCGUUAAGGGAAUUGCUUAUUGGUAAAAAAAGACAUGCUUGCAGCACUUGUGGACAGCUGGGACACAAUAGACGUUCAUGUAGUUUUGAGCCUCGGAAGAAGUGA